AUUAAAGCAACACUAUCAAGCAACAACAACUUUAAACCCUACGGAACAACAUAAGGCUCUAGAUGCCAUCAUCAAAGCAGUCCAGUGGUCCGCAUUUAACGACGACAUACGCCUACUGACAGCAAAUAAGCCAUGUAGCACUCAACUACGGAGACUAAGCCCAUUUCUGGAUGCAUCUGGUAUUCUUCGAGUUGGUGGACGAAUUCAACAUGCAUCAAUCCCGUAUGAACAAAAACAUCCUGCCUUGGUUCCGAAGAGGCAUCCAUUUACGUCAAUACUGAUUCACCACUACCACAAGGAAAACUGCCAUCCAGGCUCAACCACAUUGCAACGACUCAUUCAACAACGGUUCUGGAUAAUCUCAGCACGUCAAGUUAUUAGGUCCCAUCUUCGUUUAUGCAUUCCAUGCUAUCGUGUGCGUCCAAAGCACAUCCAACCGACAAUGGGAAACCUCCCAGUUUGUCGUCUACAGCAGAUUAAACCAUUCCACGCAACUGGAGUAGACUAUGCAGGCCCUAUACCCUUAAAGGAAAGAAGAACACGAAACGCACCGGUCAGUCAUGCUUAUAUCUGUCUGUUUGUGUGCAUGAGUACGAAAGCACUUCAUCUCGAAGUCGCGUCCACUUUAUCGACCGAAACCUUCCUUAUGGCAUUCACCCGUUUCGCUGCUCGCCGAGGACCCAUCCAGGCAAUAUAUAGUGAUUGUGGUACCAACUUUGUGGGAGCAUCUCGACUGUUCAAAUCAGUUCCUGAGUACCAAAACGCUAUAACCAAUCAUCUCUCUACACAGCAAAUUCAAUAG